AUGUCUUCAGCCGUAUCAUUUACAGAUAAAGAUCUAGACAUUGAAUAUAAUAUAGAGGAAGUACCUCAAAAACCAGUGAAAAGAUUAUUUACACCAUUCUUAUCCAAGACAGUCCCUCCAAUACCUCAAGAAUCAGAUAGGAAACCAUUCCCAUUAUAUCACUCAAAUUUUAUUUCAAAAGGUUUAUUUCUUUGGUUAUUACCAUUAUUGAAAAAUGGAUAUAAAAGAACUUUACAACAACAAGAUUUAUGGAAAUUAGAUGAACAUACUUCAAUUGAUUAUGUUUAUUCUAAAUAUAAAUUCCAUUUUGAAGAAAUUAUAACUAAACAUCAAUUGAAAAAUCCAAAUUCUAAAGAAAUUCCAAGAUUUGCAUUAGUUAUUGCAUUAUUGAAAACUUUCCAAUGGGAAUAUACAGUCUCUUUAAUUGUUAGAAUAAUUGCAAAUGCAUUGGGAGCAUUUUCUCCAAUAGUUUCUAAAGAAUUAAUUAAAUUUAUUGAAAGAAAAGCACUUUUCCCCAAUACUAAAAUGAAUGAUGGUAUAGGUUAUUCUAUUGGAUUAACAUUAAUGUUAAUGCUUUCAUCUAUUAUAAUGAAUCAAUCAUUUGAAUAUUCAAAAUUAGUUGGUGGUCAUGCAAGAACAAUUUUAACAAAAGCAUUAUUAGAACAUUCAUUUAUUGCUAAUGCAGAAACAAGAUAUCAUUAUCCACCUUCCAAAAUUAUUUCAUUUAUGAGUGCAGAUUUAUCAAGAAUUGAUUUAGCAUUUGGUAUUUUCCCCAUUGCAUUGGCAUUCCCUGUACCUAUUAUUAUUGGUGUUGUACUUUUAAUUGUUAAUUUAGGUGUUGUUGCAUUAGUUGGGAUAGCUAUUUUCCUUGUUAUUUUAUUUAUAAUGACUAUACCUUCAAAAAGUAUGGUUGCUUAUAGAAUUAAAGCAAAUGUUUUCACAGAUGAAAGAGUUGGUAUAAUGAGAGAAGUUUUACAAUCAAUGAAAAUUAUUAAAUUUUAUUCAUGGGAAGAUGCAUAUGAAAAAUCAAUUACUUUAGUUAGAGAUAAAGAAUCAUCUUAUGUUUUUAAAUUUCAAAUGACUUUAAAUAUAUUAAUGACCAUUGCAUUCAAUUCUUCAUCAAUAACAUCAAUGGGUGCAUUCUUGGUACUUUAUGCAAUUGGGAACCAUGGUAACCCAGCAAAUAUCUUUGCAUCAUUAACUUUAUUCACUGUGUUGGCUAUCCAGGUUACAAAUUUCCCAUUAGUUUUAUCAUUAUGUGCUGAUGGUCUUACUGCAGUUGAUAGAUUAACUAAAUUUUUCCAAUCACCAGUUGAAAAAUCAAGAGAAGAGGAUUUUUAUAAUAAUGAAUUAAUUACAAAUGAAUCAAAUGAUGUUGUUAAAAUUAUUGAUGGUGAAUUUGAAUGGACUCAAUUUGAAGAAUUAAAAGAAGAUGAAACUCCAAAAAUUGUAUGGUAUAAGAAAUUAUUAGGCAAGAAGCAAAUCAAUCAAGAACAAAAAACUGUGGAAAAACACCAAGAUGAACAAACAAUUGAAAAAACUUCUGUUAAUACAAAUAAAUUACAUGGAAUUAAUUUAACAAUUUCUAAAGGUGAAUUCAUUGUGAUUACAGGUUCAGUUGGUUCAGGUAAAUCAUCAUUAUUAUCUGCAAUUUCCUCAUUCAUGACUAAAACCCAAGGUACAGUAUCAAUUAAAGGAUCACAUUUACUUUGUGGAGAACCAUGGAUUCAAAACACAACAGUUAAAGAAAACAUUUUAUUUGGUGAAGAAUAUGAUCUUGUUAAAUAUAAUAAAGUUGUUGAUGUAUGUGCAUUAACUUCAGAUUUUAAGGCAUUACCAGCUGGUGAUUUAACUGAAAUUGGUGAAAGAGGUGUUACAUUAUCUGGUGGACAAAAAGCUCGUAUAAAUUUAGCAAGGGCUAUAUAUACAAAUAGAGAUGUUUAUUUAUUUGAUGAUAUCUUAAGUGCAGUUGAUGCAAAUGUUGGUAAACAUAUUAUAGAUAAUUGCUUGUUAGGUUAUAUUAAAGACAAGACAAGAAUUUUAGCAUCACAUCAAUUAUCAUUAAUAAAUAAAGCUGAUCGUGUUGUGUUUUUGAAAGGGGAUGGUACUAUUGAUAUAGGUACUGAAAGUGAAUUAAGAUUGAAAAACCCACAAUUUGUUACAUUAAUGGAAUUUAAUAAAGAACGUGAAACUGAAGCUAAACUUGGUAUAGAUCCAAAUGAUCAAAUAACCAAAGUUACAAGUAUUGAAGAUAGGAAACCCCAAACAGAUGGUGUAUUAGGUUCAGAAGAAGAACGUGUUUAUAAUAGUAUACCAUUAAUAAUUUACAAACAAUAUGUUUUAGCAGGUCAAGGUAUAUUAAAAUUUACAGCAGUUCCGAUAACAAUUUUAAGUAUUGCAAUUGCAGUUUUUUCAACAUUAUUUGCAAAUGUUUGGCUUUCAUUUUGGGUUUCCCGGAAAUUUUCCUCAUUAACUAAUGGAUCAUAUAUUGGUAUUUAUAUUGGAUUAACCAUAUUUAGUGUUUUCGCAAAUGCUCUGGAACUUUUCAUUAUGGGGUAUAUAUUUGUUGAAGCUUCUAAAAUUUUAAAUUUAAAAGCUGUGAAGAGAAUUUUACAUACCCCUAUGCAAUUUAUAGAUACAACUCCAAUUGGUCGUAUAUUGAAUAGAUUUUCCAAAGAUACUAAUUCAUUAGAUAAUGAAAUUGGUCAACAAUUAAAACUUUUCCUACAUUUCUUAGGUUAUAUUAUGGGUAUUAUAAUAUUGGCAAUAAUUUAUUUACCAUGGUUUGCAAUUGCAGUACCAUUUUUAGCAAUUUUUUUCAUUGGUAUAACAAAUUUUUAUCAAGCAUCAGCAAGAGAAGUUAAAAGAUUAGAAGCUAUUAAUAGAUCAUUUGUUUAUAAUAAUUUUAAUGAAGUUACAAAUGGUUUAAAUACUAUAAAGGCAUAUGGAGCACAGGAGAGAUUUAUCCGAAAAAAUGAUAAAUUUGUUGAUGGAUUAAAUGAAGUUUAUUUUGUUGUUUUAUCAAAUCAAAGAUGGAUAAGUGUUGCAUUAGAUUGUUUAGCUGGGGGAUUAGUUUUCAUUGUUUCUAUUCUUUCAGUAACUGGUCAAUUCAAUAUUAAUGCAUCAUCUGUUGGAUUACUAACUUACUAUAUGGUUGAUUUAUCAGCUGUUUUAUCAGCUUUAUUAGUUGCAUAUGCUGAAGUUGAAAAUGAAAUGAACUCAGUGGAAAGAGUUUGUCAUUAUGCAAAUAAUUUGGAACAAGAAUCUGCUUAUAGAACUUUGGAUUAUCAACCAAGACCAACAUGGCCAGAACAAGGUUCCAUAGAAUUUAAAAAUUUAUCUUUUAAAUAUCGUGAUGAUUUACCAUUAAUAUUGAAAAAUUUAUCAUUUAAUGUUGAGAAAGGUGAAAAAAUUGGUAUUUGUGGUAGAACAGGUGCAGGUAAAAGUUCAUUGAUGGUUGCACUGUAUAGAAUUGCAGAAUUUUCAGAAGGUCAAGUAUUUAUUGAUGGUGUUGAUAUAAGUAAAUUAGGGAUACAUGAUUUAAGAUCAAAAUUAUCAAUUAUUCCACAAGAUCCUGUUUUGUUCCAAGGUAAUAUAAGGAAAAAUUUAGAUCCAUUUAAUGAAAGUACAGAAUCUGAAUUAUGGGAUGCUUUAAGAAGAAGUGGAUUAAUAACAUUUGAUGAAAUGAUUAAAUUAAAGGAUGAAAAUGAAAAUGAAUAUAGUAAAUUUCAUUUAAAUAGUGUUGUUGAAGAUGAAGGUUCAAAUUUUUCAUUAGGAGAACGUCAAUUAUUAGCAUUAGCCAGGGCAUUGGUUCGUCGUUCCAAAAUUUUAAUUAUGGAUGAAGCCACAUCAAGUGUUGAUUAUAAAACUGAUUCAUUAGUUCAAGAAACGAUUGCAAGGGAAUUCAGUGAUUGUACCAUUUUAUGUAUUGCUCAUAGAUUGAAAACCAUUAUUAGAUAUGAUAAGAUUUUAGUUUUGGAGAAAGGUGAAUUGGAAGAAUUUGAUAAGCCAUUAAAACUUUUCCAAAAACGUGGUAUUUUCAGAGAAAUGUGUGAAGCUUCUAAUUUAAAUUAUAAUGAUUUUGUAUAG